GUUGACCACCGUCCGGCGCGUACACGGCACGCACCUAGCCGCACUCUCACGAUACCUUGGCCGCAACGAGAAACAAUUCAAAUUUACCGAUUCGAAAUUAGAACACACGCGAUUCGAAAUUGGAACUCGAUUAGUGAUGUGCAUCAGUGUUGGAAACUCGAAUUUUAAUAGUUAGAUAGUAUUCACGUUACUUCGAAAAAUAUCAGUUUUGUUGUUUAUUUAAUUUACAGCUUUAUCAAUAUUCGGAUUUCGCAUUGCACGGGAUCAAAUUCGGAUUUUAUUAUGAUACUCGGAGUAGCGGGUGGCAGUACCUCAAGAUGCUAACAAAUAUUGGGCCAAGGGCCCACCAAAACGUGAAGAAAUGGUGACGUGUGAGACUGAUAGCGCGCCACUCAGCGGUUUCCGCCUGGGCGCGCGCGACGACGAGUCACGGCGAUCGCGCGCACCCAGCGUAUCAUCUAUCUCACUCUACAAACAGAAGAUAGAUGCGCUGUUCGACGAUACACGGUCGGUCGCAAGUUUGCCGCAGUAUACUCACAUGACCGUGUCGGAAUUGGGAAGAAGAGAUAGCAAGGUCAGUUCUGCUCGCGAUAGUAAAGCAACCAUAUAUGAAGAUGACGAUGAUUACUGUCAAAAUAAAAUUAAUAAAAUCAACAACACAGUACAGGAUCGCAUAGAGAGGAUGUUCGCAGAUAUGGCAGGCGAAUCAAAACAAUCUUCAGAGAACAUCGGAAUCCAUAUAUUUAAUGUUCACUACCUUGGGUCAACGCCUCUCCAAGACAAAGUUACGAGUUUAUCUGGACUGCAAAGACCACUUAAAGACUUAUAUUUUGCAUACAGAAGAAACUUUCGCCAUAAAUGCACUUUCGCUGGUCGCUUAGAAAUAUCAAAAUCUGGACUUAAAGUAAGAUAUAAAGGGGAAAAAGGUGACUUGGAGCAAUUGAAUCCUUUCCCAACGAUAGCAGUCUGGUCAGCUGUGAAGUUUGUCGUUCAGCCUUCAGAACAUGAAUCUCAUGACCUUAGCUAUGCUUUCUUGCCCUUAAUAACCGAUCCAGAUAACAUUGACCGUCACGCUUUAUUUCGAAUAUUAGAAAUACCAGAUAAGAAGUACAUUCUCUCUCACAACGAAAACUCUCAUUCCCCACUUUUCGCUGUCGUGAUGAGAAAAAUUGGCGUCGCUAAGCAAUUGGAGUGUCAUGGGUUUGUAUGUCAGACGACAGAAGACGCUAUUGUUAUAGCAGCUACACUAUACAAGUCCCUUAUGUCACACAUGAGCCGUCAGGGCCAUAUCGACAAAAAGAAAUUGAAGAACCGAAACGGGGUUAGCUGUAUGAGUAUUACGAGCAGUCUAUCGCCAAAUGACGUCCCCAUAAGACCACCUCGUAAGAAACAUAGUACAUCUUCCAUGAGUGGAGAUAGUGAUAGGGCAGAUGGUUAUUCUGCUAGUGAAUCGUUUAGUGAAAGACCUAAAUCAGAAAGAACUAAAAAAAUAUCAUUAGAGAGUUUACCUCAGCCUCCACCGCCACCAACAAUUCUUCCCGCCGAAGCUAAAAGAAUCACAGUCGAAGAAGUGAAAGCGAAAUUAGACUCAAUAAAACAUAAUGAUACUAGUGGAAGUGAUACACAAGGAUCAAAGAAGUCGGUACAGAAAAAAGCCCUCAAUCCCUGCAUAAACAAACUUCAAAAUGUCCAGAAUCCUCAGAGUAGUAACGAAUCAUCUGUUAGAAGUAAAGUUUCGGAGAAAAUAGAACUUUUUAGGGAAUUGGAAAGACGCAAAAAUUUACAAAGACCACCUACUCUACCACCACCAGUACCGACCAAACCAGCUUUAGAUCCUCCCUUAGAACAAGCAAAGGAGACUUUAAGAAGAACUCAGAGCGGAAGAAAGUCUUUAAACGAGUCUGGUGAUAUAUUAACUAAAGUUGCCAUUCCACGAUCCGGUAGCUUCCUUAAUGCUGGGGGACUUACGAGGUACAAGUCGAUUGGACAAAGGAAUAACGGUAAGAAAGGAGGUGGUUCACCAUUAGGGUUCAACGAACUUUUCAAUGAAUUCAAAGUUCAGGAGAACUUGCACUCCAUGGAUGAAAUCCUGAACGCCAUAAUUGACGCAGAAGGAAUGUCCUUCAACGACUUAAAGCCGAUUUAUAAAGAAUUUCUUUUAAAAUUAGCCGUUACAUUAACGAAAGACGAAAUAUUCCAACAUAGUAAAGCGAUAAUGAAGAAGCAGAAAAAGAAGAUAUUGAGAAGGAAUAGCAUUUUUCAAAAUAAGAGAAGAAAAAUUUUCAAGGGAGCAAGUGGUCUUCGGAUGGUUUUUCGAAUGCCAUUCGGAAAAGAUAUUCGGAAAAAAGAUAAGAAAAAGCUUUCAUCGUUCGAUUUUCAAAAUGCAACAAGUAACAAAGAACCUGUUUCUGAAAGUUCAGUGUCUACUUCUAGUUAUGAUUUGAGACAAUUUCGUCCCAAAGAACCGGUCAUACCUGCUCCAAAAAGACAAGCGUCACGACAGCGAAAUUCCAAGCGAUCAGAUAAGAUGGUUUAUGUGUCAAAACGAAAUGGCAAGGUAUCAAGGCCGGGUGAGAGGACGUCUACAUCCGAAGAUUCAGAUUUCCUAACUCUUAGUAAUAGACUUGGCUGUCAAAAUAGGAAUAGUUCUAGUGGAUAUGUAUCAUGUUCUGAAUGUGAGUCAGAAAGUUGUGUUGACCGUUGCUAUUGUUCUUUAAAAGGAGACGAUUUGAAAUCGAAAUGUUACUGCUCUGCGGUUGAAGAUAAAGACCUAUCAAAAUCAAGAUUACUGAACAAAAGUAAAAGCUGCAAGGAUUGUUCAAGGGAAAUGUACGAUGCUGAUUUUUCUUACUGCUCAUGUGAUUCUGAGAGUUGUGCCGAUAGUAAUAAGUGCUACUGCGCUGGCCCGAAGCAUACCAGCAUGCAGGCCUCACAAAGUCUGGAAUAUCUCCGCAGUCCAUCACAGAAGACCUAUUCCGACAGGAUGAAGAAGGCAUUCGAUGAAUACGACGGUCAAAAAUCUAAUAGAAGUACGGGAGCGGGUUCGCAUGACGCUUUAAGCGUCAAAAAGUCUGCAGAGAUGGCAGCUCUAUUUGCUGACGUGAGAUUAUCUCAGAGGACGGACGUGCGCUCAUUGGCUGGUGGACGACGUGCUAGACCUCCUCCCCUUCCCCCCACCCCGCCGCGCGCGGCACCUCAGCUAGCGAGGAUGUUCGACCACCGACCUCUCAGUCGGAAUGCCAGUCUAGAAGACACUUUAGGAUAUCUACCAUAG